AUGCUAGAAGCCCCGCCUCUUUCUCGGAGCCCCCACAUUCCCUUUAACCACUCAGAUGUGGCGGUAUCUGAUCAAGUCCUGCCCAUGCUACAAGCCCCGCCUCUUACUCAGAGUCCCGCGGAUCUGUCUCUUGCUUCAACAGUGUUUGGACAGAACAGAUCCAGGAACUCACUUCCAGCCUCCAACCACCCUCUGAUUUCCUCUCUACUUGCAACCUCCAGGACCAUCGUCUCAGCCAUCUCCUGCUUCUCGGACCAGCCAACGCCGUUUCUGUGGUUAGCUCCUUCUUGCCGACCAACCAUGUGCUCCCAGAUUGGUCAGAAUUAUUCCACCGCGGUGGAGGCAGCCGUCAACCGCCUGGUCAGUUUGCACCUGCGGGCCUCCUAUCUCCUCUCUCUGUGCUUUUAUUUUGACCACCAUGAUGUGGCUCCGGAAGGCGGGGGCUACUUCUUCCAUGAAUUGGACGAGGAGAAGCGCAAGGGCGUUAAGCGUCUCCUGAAGAUGCAAAACCAGUGUGGUGGCCCUGCUCUCUUCCAGGACAUCCAGAAGGCAGGUCAGGAUGAGUGGGGUAAAACCCUGGAAGCCAUGGAAGCCGCCAUGGCCCCAGGGAAAAAUCUCAACCAGGGUCUUUUGGAUCUUCAUGCCCUGGGUUCCACCCCUACAGACCCCCAUCUCUGUGACUUCCUGGAGAGUCACUUCCCAGACGAGGAAGGUGAGGCCACGCCAGCGCACAACUGCAGAGGGCGCCGUUCCCAAAGCAGCCCUGCAAAGCGAGUGUGCCUGAGAACCUUCUGCCUCCCCUCCACCCAGCCCUGUUUAAGGCACAAGGCUGCAUCAAUGAAAAUGAUUUCUGCCACUGCCCCUGGCGUGGCUUUCGGAGAUGCUUGUCUGUCAGCCAAUGGAGAGGACCGGAUUCUGGCAGGGGGCUGUGCUUUUCGGUCAGGCCGCCACCCCCCACCCCCUCCUCCCUGCACACAAAAGCAGCAUAAAUUAACUGUCUUCGGGAAGCCGAGCCUCUGCCAGCCGCCUGGGGAGCGUGAACGAUGCCCAGCUGCACCCGGGCAGGGCUCGCCUUUGUUUGCCAGUAAGGAGGAGAAGCUGUCUCAGCUGCAGAGGGAAAACCGUUCCCUGAGCUGCGCCCAGCAACACAGUUUACCUUCCGCGCGCACCGUUCCCCUGGAAGGCAGAUAA